AUGCAGGCAUUUUUAAAAGGCACAUCUAUCAGUACUAAACCACCAUUGAUCAAGGAUCGAGGAGUAGCUGCCACUGCCGGAAGUAGUGGAGAGAACAAGAAAGCCAAACCUGUUCCAUGGGUGGAAAAAUAUCGUCCAAAAUGUGUGGAUGAAGUUGCUUUCCAGGAAGAAGUGGUUGCAGUGCUGAAAAAGUCUUUAGAAGGAGCUGAUCUCCCCAAUCUCCUGUUUUAUGGGCCACCUGGAACUGGAAAAACAUCUACAAUUUUGGCAGCAGCAAGGGAACUCUUUGGGCAUGAACUUUUUCGAUUAAGAGUUCUUGAGUUAAAUGCAUCUGAUGAACGUGGAAUACAAGUAGUUAGAGAGAAAGUGAAGAAUUUUGCUCAAUUAACUGUAUCAGGAAGUCGUUCAGAUGGGAAGCCAUGUCCUCCUUUUAAGAUUGUGAUUCUGGAUGAAGCAGAUUCUAUGACCUCAGCUGCUCAGGCAGCAUUAAGACGCACCAUGGAGAAAGAAUCUAAAACCACCCGCUUCUGUCUCAUCUGUAACUAUGUCAGUCGAAUAAUUGAACCUCUGACCUCUAGAUGUUCUAAAUUCCGCUUCAAACCUCUGUCAGAUAAAAUUCAACAACAGCGAUUACUAGACAUUGCUGAUAAAGAACAUGUCAAAAUUAGCAAUGAGGGACUGUCCUGUCUUGUUAAAGUAUCAGAAGGAGACUUAAGAAAAGCCAUUACAUUUCUUCAAAGUGCUACUAGAUUAACAGGUGGGAAGGAGAUCACAGAUAAAGUGAUCACAGACAUUGCUGGGGUAAUACCAGUAGAGACUGUUGAUGGAAUAUUUGCUGCAUGUCAGAGUGGUUCUUUUGACAAGCUAGAAGCUGUGGUAAAGGACUUGAUAAAUGAAGGACAUGCAGCAACUCAGCUUGUAAAUCAGCUUCAUGAUGUAGUUGUAGAAAAUGAUGCUCUUUCUGAUAAACAAAAAUCCAUCAUUACAGAAAAACUUGCUGAUGUAGACAAGUGCUUAGCAGAUGGUGCUGAUGAACAUCUACAAUUGAUUAGCCUCUGUGCUACUGUGAUGCAACAGUUAACCCAGAAUUGUUAA